ACGCUCUUUAGUCUUUGAUUAGAAGCUGCUGUUGCUAGACGUUUGAUCGUUUCACAAAAUGGGUUUGAUUCUCAGACUAAUAGGAUAAUACGUUUGAUCGUGAAACAUAUUAUUUUAAUAUUAUUGAUUGCUAUUAAAUUUUAAUAAUAGGUAAAAGGUUCCACUUCGUUACGUGACGAAAUAGGUCAAAGUGAUAAAAAUAAUAUUGCAUCAAACUAUCCUCCUAAAAUUAUAAUGUAUCGAUCAUUAAAUUGAAAGAUUAUUUUUGUAAAGUACUAAUUAUUUUUGAAGAUUUAUAAUCGCACAACUAUAAAAAUGUUUAAUCGAUUGAAGCAGUGUCUGUUUUCACCACGCUUGUACAGGACAUAUGGUGAAAUUCCGGGUGAGGGAGUUUAUGAACAAAAUCGCACUGAGAAAAUAGCGGACAAAAUAAUAUCAACCAUACAAACAAUAGCCAAUGUAAGCGUUUACACAUCCCCCUUUAUUUGUAUGUACAUUUAUAGAAGAGGCCUGUGGUGGGAGGACUUGGACUUUGUUGUCUACGUGAUUUUCAGUAUUGGCAGCGUCUUAUCGUUGUCAUACCUAAUCCGAGCUUAUGGGAGAGCGACUAAUCCCAAAUAUGUUGACUUUAUCAACACCCUCAACAAGCCGAUCGUAGAUCGACAUGCCUACAUUGAAAGCAUAAGGAAAUAUGAUUUCGAUAUCAAAGCUUGGCCCACGACGUUUGCUAUGCAACCUGUAUACAGUUCAAGUUGGAUUGAGAAUAAACCAUUCAGUAAAUGCGCUAAUCCUGAUCUACCAUACUAUCACAAGGUCACCAUUCAACUACUCGCAUAUAUAUCCAUUCAUACAUUUGCCCUGCGUCUCAUAUAUCCAGGGACUCUUGGCAUUAUUCAGAACAUGCUGUGGCUACCUUUAUUCGAAGGCAGGUCUUAUCUUGUGGAUACCUUGAAUGGAAAAAGGGCCAAGAUAAUGACAGCAGACCGAAACACUAUCGAUACAAUGUUUGUUGAUAAAAGGCUUGAAUCGUCAAAGGGAGAAACGCUCAUAAUUUGCUGUGAGGGCAACACUGGGUUCUAUGAAAUUGGUAUAAUGACAAUACCGAUCAAGGCAGGCUAUUCGGCAUUGGGUUGGAACCAUCCCGGCUUUGCUGGAAGCUCUGGGCUCCCCUUUCCUCGUCAAGAGCAGAAUGCAGUUGAUGCUGUUAUUCAGUAUGCUAUCAUCGAGUUGGGUUUCGAAGUGCAGAACAUUGUGAUGUAUGGCUGGAGUAUUGGCGCCUAUCCAGCUACCUGGGCCGCUGUUCGCUAUCCGGAGAUCAAAGGCUUGAUUUUGGACGCUUCCUUCGACGAUUUGCUGCCGUUGGCCAAAAAUCAGAUGCCAGAGUCAUGGGCGCGAUUGGUGAAGGAGGUGGUGCGUUCGUUUGUAGACCUGAACAUCUCCGAGUUGAUGGAUAUGUACGAUGGUCCUGUUCAACUGGUCCGAAGAACCGAAGAUGAGGUUAUAUGUCUCAGGGCUGGCCAGCUAGCGACGAACUGUGGGAACGGCUUACUGAUCAAUCUGCUACAGAAACGACAUCCCUAUCUAUUUGAGGAAGCAAUAUUGGAGAGCAUCAAAUCGUGCACUGCAUUGUCCGAUCAACAACGUAUAGUGCUUUCAAGGGAGGACAUACCUGAUUACAAACGGAAAAUUUUGGGACUGAUAGCGAAGUACUCGCGUGACUUCCGAUCGUCUCAUUGCACGUUGUUGCCAGAAGAUCUCUUCGAAGCCAUCAUGCAGAGCAUCAAUAAUGAGAAAUAAACGAUUGCUUAGUAUAGUUUAAUGUAGUCAGGCAAAGAUUUUAUACUAUGGAUAUGUCACUGGCGAGUCAAAACUGAGGCGAAAAAAGCGGCUAAUUGGCUUAAUUCAUUGAGUCGCAUAGUAAACAUUGAAAGUUAUUUAAACAAAUAAUACCUAAAUAUUGUUUACAAUGUCGAGUUGUGUGUUCAGGAAGUGUAAAAACUAUAACACAAAAUUGUUCAUGUAUUUUGUGUUUAAUUCUUGUUUGAGUAGCUAAAUUCGGAUGACAUUUUGCGAUAAUUUUGUAGGCACUCGACAUAUCUAUAGUAUAAAAUAUCAUUGAGCUCGGGGCAGAGUGAAGCUCUACCAUUUAACAUAGUCUUAUUGAAUGUUACUUAAUUUCUAGUGUAAAUGUUUUUAUAAGAAUUCAGUUUUAAUUAUGUUUCAAUUAUUAUUUAUUAUUUUUAAAUUCAAAUGACAUUUACAAUAAUUAAUUUUAUCCUUUAAUUAAAUUAAUCAAUUUAAAUUAAAAUUAUGACUUAUUAAUUAUUUGUUAUUAUUGUUAUAUUCAAAUGAAAUUUACAAUUCUACUAUUCAAUUUUAAUUUUAAUGAGCAUGCAAUUAUUAUUUAUUAUUUUAAUUACAAUUAUGACUCAAUAAUUAUUUAUCAAAUGAAAUUUACAAUUCAAAUUUAUUUACAAUUACGAUUCAAUUGCUAUUUAUUAUUUUAUAUUCCAAUGACAGUUAUAAUAUUUUUAUUGAAAUAUUUCGUUUUAAAAUUAACAUUGGUGUGUAGUUGGCAUGCUUUUGUCUAAUAACUAUAAAUAUACAAAUUAUACAUAUAUAACACUUGCGGCUUUAUGCUUCCACAUAAUCGUUACUAUCGCAAUGGGUAUUAUGAUUUCCAAAAUGUAUUCAUACUUCAUAGUUAUAAAGAUGGGAGGCUGUGUCAGGGCAUAGCAAAUAUAUUGUAGUGAUUAACAAUUUAGCAUGCUUUCAAAAUGAAAUAUGUAUUUGUCUGUAGCAUCAGCAAGCUUUGAAUUGUUGCAUAUUUUAUGAAUAAUUUAAGAAAUUCACUUUCAUUACAAACUGCAGACUUUUCUUGUAGUGUUUGAAAAGUAGCUGAUGUUUGGUCAGUCCUUAAUAAAUAUUGUUAUUAGAAUAUAUAAAUGUAUAUUUUAAGCUCUGUAAGGUCUAUGGUGAAGGUAAAAAAGCAAAAUAAUUUUAUAACUAAAAGAAAACAUACUUCUAUACUUUACCUAACUAUACUUGAUAUAAUUAUUGUUUUAGUGAAAGUGUAAUUUAUAUUUUAAAUAUUAUUUUAGGUAUAAAAACUUAGUUAUGUAUUAUAUAAAUAUUAGUUUAAGUCUGAAAUAUAAUUUACAAUUUCAAUUUUAUUUUUUAAAAUUUUUUAAAGGUAUAAAAAUUUUAAGUAACGAUCUAGGGAUGGGAUAUGUGCCAAAUUUAAUCCUUUUAACCUUACUGGCAAAUUUCCUAUUAAUAUAAAAUUUCAUAUAGUUUAUAUAUUGCAAUGUAUAGUUUGUUUAAUGUACUUACACUGGACCUUACAAAGUUUAUUUCUGAGUUAAUAUUUUCUUUUUAGAAUCUAUUAAAGUAUUUUUAUAAAUCCUGUCUUUGUAAAAUUAAUGUAUGAAUAUUUAUAAAUAGCUAUUCUCCUAAGAAUUAAUAUACUACUCAUUAGAAUGGCAUUUCAGAAUUAAUAUUCUGUCACAGCUGUUUUAAAUAUAGCCUCCGGCUGAAUGUCUUAAAUAGUUAUUUUAAUAUUGUAAUAGUAUACAGAAGUAUUAUUAUUUUUAUAAUAUUCAAUGUAUUUUAGUCAUCAUACAACAGACAAUGCAUUUUAUGUUUUAUUAGUUUCUAAGACAGCUCGCAAAACAGUGAAAAUACAGUUUUGUAUCUUAAUUAAUUAAUAUCUGUUGAAUAUUUUUGUGGUAACCAGUAUCUGACAAUAAGUUUUAUUUAUUUAUUGUUUUGGAUUGAAAUAUCCGAUACCAAAUAGUUAUUUUACAAAAAAAUAUAUAGAAUUGAUAAUAAUGUAUUAUAAAAUAGUAUACAUUUUAUAAUCCAGAUAUAUAUUUUCAUAAUGUGAAUUAGUAACACUACCCUAUGCAUGGAAUUCAAAAAUUACUAUUUCAAUAAUAUAAUUAUUAUUAUUCAAUGAUAAUGUCACCAUAUAUAAAUGUUUGAUAUUCUUAUUGGUGUAGGAAUAAAUAAAUGUGCAAACGA